AUGAGCGCGCGGCCGAUGCCUCCUACGUACCUGUCUCCGUCCGCCGAUCUCGCGCCACGCUCUUGGGCCGCUUCCCGCCAUCUGUACUCCUCGCUGCUGCCCACUUAUGCCGAGCCUAAGCCACCCCUGGACGAGCUCUUGUCGGCGAAAGCUUCGAUGCGGCAGCAAGAUUUGGUGCCAGAUCGACCUCGUCUCUGUCGCCCCUAUCGUCUUCGAUGCUCCGGCGGAGAGGUUAGAAGGAUACGAGCGGCGGAGCCGCCGACGCCUUCGGCGGCGAAGAAAGAGGAAGAGAAGCACGAGGAGGAGGAGGAAGAAGAAGAUAAUGAUGAAGAAAACAAAGAAGAAGAGGAAGAGGAAGAGGAAGAGGAAGUGGAGGAUGAAGAGGACGAAGAGGGAAGUGAUGAGGAGGGGGAGGAGGAGAAAGAGGGGAAUGGAGUUGAGGAUGGGUUCUUGAAAAUAAAGGAACUGGAGGAAUACUUGGAGAAGGACGAGGAGAGGGAGUACGGGGAAAUCAAGGGGAAGAAAAGAAAGAAGGUAGAAGAAGAAGAAGAAGAAGACGACGAAGACGAUGAUGAUGAUGAUGAGGACGGGGAGGAUGAUGAUGAGGAGGAUAACGAUGCUGAUUUGCAGUUUGGGGAUCUCGAUGGCGAUGAAGAAGAAGAAGACUUUGCUGAAAGUGCGAAAUAUGAAGACUUCUUUGGAGGUAAAAAGAAAAGUGGAGGCAAGAAGGAUGACCACAAAAAGGGAAAAAGAUCCUCAAGCAAAGUAGAGUUUCAUGAUGAACCAGAGGAGCUGGAUUUGGAUGGUGAACCGAUGGAUGAUAGUAAUGUUGACAUUCAGGAAAACGGGACUCUUUCCACUCAUGAGAAACAACUCCUGAAGAUACAGUCUAAAAUAGAGCAGAUGGAGAAAGCAAACAUGGAACCAAAGGCCUGGACCAUGCAGGGUGAGGUUACUGCUGCUAAAAGGCCUAAGAACAGUGCGCUUGAGGUGGACCUUGAUUUUGAGCAUAACACGAGACCUCCACCACCAGAGACUGAGGAGGUUACGCUUGCCCUUGAGGAUCUGAUAAAGAAAAGGAUUAUAGAGGGACGUUUUGAUGAUGUUCAGAGAGCAUCUCCUUUACCAUCUAAAGCACCAAAGGAACUCAAAGAGUUGGAUGAAAAUAAAAGCAAGAAGGGUCUCGCUGAAAUCUAUGAGGAAGAGUAUGCACAGCAGGCUGGUCUUGCACCUGCUCCUCUUCUCUUUUCAGAUGAAAGGAAGAAAGAGGCAAGUGAUUUAUUCAAGAGGCUUUGUUUGAAGUUGGAUGCAUUGUCUCAUUUUCACUUUGCACCAAAGCCGGUUAUUGAGGAGAUGUCUAUUCAAGCAAAUGUUCCUGCUCUAGCAAUGGAAGAGAUUGCUCCUGUAGCUGUCUCAGAUGCAGCAAUGCUUGCUCCUGAAGAAGUUUUUAAAGGAAAAGGUGAUAUCAAAGAAGAGAAGGAGUUAACACAAGCAGAGCGGAAAAGAAGGAGAGCUAACAAGAAAAGGAAGUUCAAAGCUGAGAGAGCUAGACGGGAGGCAAAGAAAGCACCUCAGAAGGCAGCUCUUAGUCAUUCUGAAGGUAUUGAAGAAUCAUGAGCCCACAACAAACUUUCGGGGGGAAAAAAAUUGAAGAUCAACGGAUCUAUAUAUUUAUUCUUUUCUAGUGGCCGAUAGCAGAAAACCAAUCUAGAAAAGGUUGCUUUUACGGUGAAGUGAACCACACAACAAUACUGAAGCAGAGACAUGAAGGUGAAAUUGGCCCGAGGAAAGUGAAAGAAAGGGAAUGAGCGCCCAAAUGAAAACUCGUACUCUGAAAGUUUUGAUGUUGUAGUUAUUGAUGUAUUGCUUAUGUAUGAGAUGCACUUGGUAAGCGGCCUACCUACUUGUUAUUGAUGGAUGUCUCAGUGCUUUAGUUAUUGAAAUGCCCUGAAAAUUUUGAAGGUUAAGAUGGAACUACGUUUGUGCCCAAAUCUCUACAGAAAAGAAUGGUUUCAGUUUUCA